AUGAACAGCACACUAACCAUUUGCUCCAGCGACUAUAGCUACAGUGCUCAGCCCAACAUGCUUUCCUCAUCUGCCUCUGGAAUCUUUUCUUUUUGUCAAACAGGACCAGCCGACCUUUCUGGCUCGGCUUGGGACACGACAGUUGAAGGACCACAGAACUUUCCUGAGUUUACGGAUGCCACGGAUUACUAUGCUGGAGAAGCCGAGGACUCUUUCUUGCCAUUUGGCCAAAUCACCCCAAAACCGGACCAAGAUGACUUCCACGCCCGCUGGGCUCCUUCCGACAACAAGGCCCUGAAGGCUGAGCCCAUGCGCAGAGGCACCUCGCGCAGCUCCACUGGGAGCCUCAAGAACAGAAACACAAAGCCUUCUGCCACUUCGGUCAAGAAGACCAGGUCAAGAGUACAGUCCAUCCUCACACAGACAUCAUCACAGAUGUCCAAGCUUGACAUGGCUGGUGCCCCCUACUCGGAUGGCCCUGCUGUUGCCGCUGGCCGGAUCAUGGAUGUGCAGCAAUACCUUGCUCAGGAUCUCGACACUCUUUCCGUCAGCGGUGCUGGCUAUUACCCCAUGAUGGGUUUCCCGGAUGGCUUGACCUACAGCAACGACUUGGCCCCCAUGGCCCAGCACGUGAACCCCCAGAUCUUUGAUGCCGGUCUCAUCAGCCACUCUCCUCACUCUUGGGGCUCGCUGAGCCCUGUUGACUCCCGCCUGUCUUCCCCUGGUCUCGGCGAUGGUGCCGAAGACUUGUGGUCUGCUGUCCCUUCUGCCUCGUCUCCUGGCGAAAGCCAGAGCUCCAACUCGCCUGUUCUGCCUGGCCAGUCACCAAGGUAUGUUGCGACUACAAACGCGGUUGAGCUCGGUGCAUUGUCUCACACCAGUGAUUUCAGGAUGAGCCGGAAAAUGGAUGGCCAGUAUGUGACAUCUGACGAUCUUCACCUUGUUCCCGCCAUGGGUGAGGAUGCUUUUGCCCUCCCUCCUGCCUUUGGCGCCCGCCGCAUGAGCGGCGAAGGUGAGUCUGCUCGGGACCAUUAUCUCUACAAGAAUGCGUACCCCCACGCGGACGGACUUUUCCACUGCCCCUGGGAGGGCCAGCCGAGCUGCAACCACAAGCCCGAGAAGCUCAAGUGCAACUACGACAAGUUUGUUGACUCCCACCUCAAGCCCUACCGCUGCAAGGUUGAGGGUUGCCAGAACGCCCGCUUUUCUUCCACUGCUUGCCUCCUCCGACAUGAGCGUGAGGCCCACGCGAUGCAUGGCCAUGGUGAGAAGCCCUACCUGUGCACCUAUGAGGGCUGCGAGCGCUCCGUUGCCGGCCACGGAUUCCCCAGACAAUGGAACCUCAGGGACCACAUGAGGCGCGUCCACAAUGACAACGGCACCACCGCUCAGGCUGCUUCCCCUCCCGCCUCUGGCGCCACCACCUCUACCCGUGGCCGCAAGAGAAAGAGCGAUGUUCAGGAGAAGCCCGCCCAGGAGAAGACCAGCUCCCGCAAGUCCAAGUCUGAGGCUUCCAAGCCCGUCGAGCCCCCCGUCAACCUCGAGAUCACCCAAUGGUGGGAGCACCAGAGAGCUCUCCAGGACCUCGUUUCCGCUGGCUACCAGCCCGACGACAUCCAGACCUUCCAUUACAUCAAGGAGGCUCAGGAUCACUUGACCGCCAUGGACAGGAUCACCCACAACCUCACCGCUAAGCCCGAAGUCCGCCGCGGUUGGAGGAAUUGA